AUGGAUGCCCCUGCCUCGGUCGCUAGAGGCGACCGCCCGUGCAAGAGAAGACGAGACGACUCUGAAGCAAACGACUCCCAAGUCACAAAUGAGCAGCAAACUAGAGACAAGACGCUGUGUGCUCUAUACCGAAUCAGGGCAGUACCUCGUGGCAUGAAACUGUCUCUUAUAGAAGAAAUGAAACGAAUUAUAGACGAGAAUCCUCGUCUUGCGUCCACGACAAUAGAAUUCCUUGAUCUCUAUCUUUUCCUGUGGGAGUCUUACGUGAUCGAUUCGGCGCAUAAGAUCCGUUUGGAGGAGGAGCAGCAACGGCUACAAGCCGAGAACGCUUGGCUAAUCCACGCGAAUAAUCGAUUGUACCAGGCUUGCACCGACCGGGAGCUGGUGUUGUGGGACCGCCAAGAAGCAUUCGAUUCCGUGCAGGAGGCAGUGGUCAAGGUGCUCAAAUCACUACGAGUCCCGUCGAUCACCCGUUGA